AUGCCUCGAAAGUUUGGAGGUCGGCGAAGGGUUGUGAUGGAAAGAAUAACAAAUCAAAGAAGGGUGUCUGUCACCUUUGCCAAACGUUAUUCGGGUAUUUUUAUUAAGGUUAGGGAUCUUUGCACCCUUUGUGGGGUGAAGCUUGCUAUUCUUUUAUUAUCCCCAACAUUGAAGCCAUAUUCUCUUGGGGUCCCAAAUGUUGACGCGGUUGUGAAUCUGUUCCUAGGACAAAAUCAUGUCCUACCAUGUUCAACCACGUCUCACCACAAAGAGUUUCUUCGAGAAAUUAAAAUCAAAGAACUCAACACUCACCUCACCAACAUUCUUGGUCACUUAGAAUGUUUGAAGAAGGCUGAGAAAGAACUUAACAAGAAAAGGGAUGAGAGCCAAGAAAACGGCUGGUGGGGUGCUCCUAUAGAAAAUCUAGGAAUAGAAGAACUCGAGCAGUUGAAGGUAGCAAUGCUGGAGCUGAAGGUUCCUGGAUCUAUAUUGUCCGCCAGGACUCCUCAUGGGCUUAUCUUGUGA